AUGGAGUCCCCUACCCCACCUACCGACAAGCCGGAUGUCCAGAAACGAAGACAUGCCCGUGCAGCCGCGAGCUACCCCCGGAAGCGAGCUACCCAAGCAUGUCAGACUUGUCGUCUUAAGCGGACGAAGUGCGAUAAUACCCGGCCAUCGUGUGCAUCAUGUGUUCGGCUCGGGGCGGAAUGUUCUUACCAACAAAUGUGUUUAUCGACAUUUGAUUCCGCGAGUCUGGCUAUUCUGAAACGGAUUGACGACUUGGAAGCACUGAUCCAGACCAAGGCAAACGAUCCAGUGGCUCUGCCUAAUGUUCUUUGCUCUUCGUCAUCGUCUAGCAGUCCCCAUGACAUUUGGGCAUCUGGGCUGGAGCAGCAGACACAAGUGGAGCCAUGUUUUAUCAACAUUGAGGAGGUACUGAAAUGGCCUGUAUUUGAUAACCAUGGAUUUGACCCGCGCCUCUAUCUACUAUCUCCAUCUGAUGAGAACACCAUACAACCGAACCUGCAGACUUCCGUUGACCUUGACCUCCGUGUGGCCGACCAUCUUGUGCGGAGCUUUUUCGAUAAUGUGCAUAUCUUCAAUCCCACGCUAAAAGAGGAAGACAUCAACGAAUAUGUUAGAUCUGUACAAUUAAAUGGCAUCGGGUGGGAUGCGAUGUCUUGUUUGUUGCUUCUCAUCUAUGCCAACGGCUCAAUUGCAACGUCAUUUGUAAGGAAUGGGCAAGGCGUAGAUUCCACUCUGUUUCGCCAGUCAAAGGAAUUUCUCCAGGGCGAAGCGUAUUUUCUUGCCGCCCAGAAACGAAUGGGCAUGUUGCUCUGCAGAGGCGGCGUAAUAGAGGUACAAUGCUUCUUCCUAGCUGGUGUAUAUUUAAUGACUACGUUGCGGUCGGUAGAGGCAUGGAGGAUGUUUGUGCAAGCACUUGCAUGCUGCGAGGGCUUCUCCAUCCUCCGCACGAACGACUGUCAUGAAGAUGCGUGGGAGACAAAGCAGAGAGUAUAUUGGACCUGCCUAAAGUCUGAGCUUGAGCUACGACUGGAAUUGAACCUUUACCAAAAGAAUUUUCUCGGUCUGAAAUACCCUACCUUCUUUCCAUCGCCUCCAGAAGAACUCAAGUCUAGAGAUGAAGCGGCAUGGUAUUUCUAUCUCGCGGAAAUUGCUUUGCGAAGAUUGGAGAACCGGAUUCUGAGCUAUCUUUACCAACCCCACGAUGUUAUCGCAAAAUCUAACCUGGAAUCUGUGAUCCUCGACUUUGAGGAGCAAGCAGACGGUUGGCUGCGAUCUCUCCCAGAGGCACUGGCCCCAGAUGCGGAUAACCUAUACACAGACCAAUAUGAUCCCUUCCGAUUUAUUCUCAGUGGUCAUUUCCUUGACUGCCAAGAGACAAUGUACUGGCACUUUUUGGUCGAAGCAAUGCAUGGCCGAGGCGACAGAACCAGCAAUAGUUUCCUUCACAAAGCACUCAAGGAGUGCGACGGUGUUGCUCGCUGCUGA